AUGGACGUCGUUGCUUCCCCGGUGCUGCACAUCGCCGCAGACGGGCGCACUACCACUGAGACACAGCUGAGGUGGGGCCAGCAGCAGGACCACAUCACGCUCCAAGGCCGGCUGGAGCUCGUCGGCCCCAACCGCCUCCGGGAGAAGCCGAAAGCUACACGAUCAGAUGCAUUGAAGCUGACAAUGCCAGCGAUGCAGAGAGAUCGGGAGAUGAACAUCACGUACUUCGACGGGACGCUCCUGAUCUUGCGGGACUCCCGUGGCAUCGUGGAUGUGCUCUGGCGCGAGGAGUUGGAAAUGGUGGAGGAGGACGAGGAUCUUCCAUUGGAUCCCACAGGCAGUGCACCUCCCACGCCGGUGGACCAGGUCGAAAGCCUCUUGGUCAACGUCAAGACCCUGUCCAACUCACUGGAGGAGCUCCGGAAUCAAUCCAGCCGCGACAAGAAGGUUCGCCACACGCUUUCAGACGAGAUCGCGAGGCUGGAGAAGGAGCUGGAUACAGUGACGGCCGCUGCACGGGCUGAUUCUGUCGCGGUGAAGGCGAUCGAGCGGCUCGGAGAGAAGGUGUCCGGCAUAUUCGAGGCUCAGAAAGAAAAGACGAACGAGAAGACACAGAACUACGACGCCAUGCAGCUCGAGAUGGCGAGCCUUCGAGCUCGUGCCAAGGAGAUGGAGUCCAAUAUCUCGAGGUUCCGCGUGCGCGAGUCCAAUCUGAAAGAGGAGAUGCAGGUGCUGCAGAGCGAUCGUAGAGCAGGCAAGCGACAUUCCGACGAAGCGGCUGCCUACCGCGCCGCCAUGGAGAAGGCACAUGACGAGCUUCGUACGGUGAGGAACGAGCUCAAAAGUGCUACCAAGGAGGUAGGGCGUUUGUCGCACCAGCUCCGUGAGAAGAGUGUUGAGCUGGAGAGGGUUCAGAAGGCCAUGGGGGUGGAGAUCGACGCACGGAAGAGGACCAAGGACCAGCUUGAUGACCAGCAACGCGGCUACGAGGAGGCACGGCAGAGACUUGCCCGUGCCGGAGAAGUCGAAGCUGCCCUCCGGCAAGAACUGGCGAAUGUGCGCUCGGAGCUCGAAGACCUCGAGGAACGAGAGGCCAAGAGCAACGAGAUGGCGGCGGACAUCGAAGAGGAGAUGAACCAGUUGGCAGACCGGGUGAGAGAGGCCAAGAAGACAAUGAAAGACCUGGGCGAGAAGAAGAAGCGUCGGUUCUGGCCGUUCCGCUAA